AUGAUGAGGCACGGGCCCGGCACCUUGACUCCUGCCGGAGCUCCUCAUCCUUGCAAUGACAAGUAUGUCAUUGUCUAUGACACGGAGAAAGUUGACAGCGAAAGGGCACAGAGAGACCUGACGACUCUGCUCACUGAUUUGGAGACUGCCGGUUUAUAUACCGAGGUCAGGCCUGGCUAUGACAUGACAAUACUGAUUUUCGCCAAAGCCCCCAAGGAAUUGCUGGGCAACGCUGUGUACAAGUCAAGAGUCAAGGACUGGCUAUUUGGCAUCAUCACUCGACAUCCCGGCGGCAACAAAGACACCGUGGUCGAUGGGGCGUACGAGGCUGAGGAUAUUCUUUCCGUCUAUCACCUCGUCAGCUGGCCUAAAUCUCUUGGUGGUGCUGGCAUCACCCCCGAAUGGGGCCAGUGGGAGCAUGUCAAAUCCAUUUUCCCACUCCAUAAUGAGGCAAAGAAUCAGGCUCUGUUGAAACACCUUAGCAAGCGACUGGUUUUGACCAUGGAAGAUCUUGAUCAGAUUCGGGAUUUAUUCGGGACCAAGGUUGCAUUUUACUUUGCCUUUAUUCAGACCUACCUGGUACUGCUUACAUUCCCCGCCGUUACAGGCUUCAUCACCUGGUUCUUAGGUGGACGAUACUCACUCACCUAUGCCAUCACCACCUGUGUCUGGUGUACCUUCAUGGUCGAAUACUGGAAGAUUCAACAAACGGAUCUGACCAUCCGGUGGGGCGUCCGGAACAUCGCGAGUGCCAAAGUGAACAGGCCACAGUUCCAGUGGGAGAAGAGCUGGGUUGACGAGACUGGCAGGACGCGGUAUUACUUCCCUCGAUGGAAGCUGAUCCUCCGCCACCUGCUGCAAAUCCCAUUCGUUCUUCUCGCUACAAUUGCGCUUGGAGCUAUCAUCAUCGCCGUGUUCGCGCUUGAGAUUCUCAUCACUGAAGGGUACCAGGGACCCUACAAGACUGCUGUGGAGUUCCUCCCCACCAUCAUGCUCGCAUUGGCGUUGCCGGGAAUCAGCGGAUUUCUUGAGUCAAUUGCCGAUGCCUUGACUGACUUUGAGAACCAUAGAACAGCAGAUACCUAUGAAAUGUCUCGCACACAGAAGCGAUUCAUCCUCAGUGGCAUCACUAAUUACUUGCCCAUUUUGGUUACGGCCUUUGUAUAUGUUCCCUUUGGAGAGAGGAUUAUCCCCUGGCUGAGCCUCAAGACUAGGGCACUCUUGGGGCCCUUGGGGCCUAGAGUCUUCUUUGACGAGCAUCAGGCCUUCAACGUCGAUUCGGGCAGACUGCGCGACGAGGUCAUCGCGCUCGCUUUGACGGGCCAAGUGUCCUCCUUCUUCGAGGAAAACAUCAUCCCCGUCGCGAAGCGAAAGUUCCAGGGCUGGUACCGCGACUACCGCGCUGCUCACUACAGCGGCAACGCCAUGAUCGCCGCGGCGGAGAAGGACGACCCUCUUGAAGCUGAGUUCCUGCUCACUGCAAGAAACCAGGCCACGCUGGAUACCUACAACGUCCAGGAUGAUAUCGCUGAAGUUGUGAUACAGUUCGGAUACCUGGCACUCUUCUCCCCCGUCUGGCCCCUUAUCUCGAUCGGAUUCCUCAUCAACAACGUCAUCGAGCUGCGCACCGACUUCCUCAAGAUCGUCACUGAGCAGCAGCGACCCGCACCCGUGCGUAGCGACGGCAUCGGCCCGUGGAUCAGCUCGCUCGACUUCCUGACCUGGGCGGGUAGCAUUACGACUGGGGCCAUCGUCCACCUGUUCGGCGCCAACAGUAUCGCGGGGGGCGCGUGGUGGGCGCUCCCAAUCACGAUAUUUAUCAGCGAGCACAUCUUCGUCGCGCUGCGGGCCAUGGUGCGGUUUGUGCUGCAGCGGAUGGGGUCCAGGCACAUCCGCAAGGAGCGCAGCGAGAAGUACGCUAUCCGGGCUAAGUACCUGGAGGAGAUGGAAGCGAACAAGCAGGCUGGGGCGAGGCUGACGGUCGCGGAGAGGGAUCGCAGGAAGUCGAUCCGCGCUUUCGGUGGUGAUUCCUUCUUCACGAAGCAGAUUGAGGAUGGGGCGAGCGCCCUGGUUGCUAUAAGCCUGGUGCAGGCCUGUGGGAAGGAUGGCCACUCGCAAGAAGGAGCGGCGGCGGAUAGUAAAAAGGAGAUUUGA